CUGACAUUUUAAGCACCAACUGCAUCAUGGGCACUGUGCACUAGUUAAAUCGAUUGCAAAACCUUUCUAAAAUGUUAAAGCUGACGGGGAAAAGUAUUUUACUGACAUCUAGCGUACACAAGUAAGAGUGCAUCUUUAACUAGGCAUAUUGCGCCGAUCUGGGUUUAACUUUCCCUCCUGAUUCCUGCUUUGCUGUUAAUAUCACUGGACGCAAGCUCACACAACAUUUUAGCCAGUUCUCUUUAUUGAGAUUAAGUGACAACAAAACCCUUUUUUUUGCACAUUCAUUUCCUCUUUCGUUGCCAUCAAGGACACGUAGGUAGGACUCGUCUAACUACAACAACUUUUCUUGCAACGGGUCGUGUCAAUGCAAAUAGAUUUUAAUGUAGGCCGCGUGCUCUUGGUCACACAAAUAUGUAUGCUAUUAUGCCUUCACGUUGCAAGCCUAGAAUAGUCAGUCGUUGAAAAGGAGGACCAAGAAAAGGCACCCGUCUCGCUCGUCUCUACAGUGUUCAGGCUGCCCUGCCACAUACCUGACUGACGGGCCUCGUGGAUGGGGGCUGCAGGGCCAGGCUAGGCGCUGGGACAGGACCAGGGAUCGAAGCCAGAUGCGGGAUGGCCAUUGAGGGGACUGCAGCAGAGAAAAGAGCCUCCCUGGUGGCCUCCAGGCCCUUGUGGAGCAACAUGGAGGUGUCCCCGUCAGUGUCGUCUCUGACACAGGGACGAGACAGAGCUGGAGACCGUACCCAGGAUAGUGUGAGAGAGUGGCUCACUACCGUCAAUGAAGUGGAUACAAAACCAGAACAGAGCAGACAAGCUGCAGAAUCCCUGAAGAGGAAUGCCAGCGGUGAGGAUGACUUAGCGUUGGGUGUGGAAGCUUCUUUAUAUGGCAAACACGGAGUGAGGACCGUCCAGGAAUUUCUGCGGUCGAUCCGGCCAGAUCUCAGCAGGUGGAACAGCGUCACCUCAGCCCUCUCCACUCAGUCAUCUCCUCUCAGUGUGAUGGACGUGCUCAACCUGUGGAAGGACGACCCGGAAGAGGUGUUGUUCGACCUGGGCUUCGGCAGCGACGAGCCCGACCUGUCCGGUCGCAUCCCGGCCCGCUUCAUCAACCACCAGUCGCACGCCCGCGGGAUCAACAUCCAGGUUCUCCUGGAGGCCCAGAAGAACCGCCUGGACAUCGAGAACCCAGACGUCAGCAACCGCUUCAGACAGUUGGAGGUGCUACAGCAGGUGACCACAGCCUUCUCCACCCUGGUCGGAGGCCCUGCCCCCUCCGCUUCCCCCCACGCCGGAGAACCAUCUCCAGGGAGAGACCUCUCCACCGAAGCCAGGGAGAGGAGGAGGCGGAUGGGUAUGCUCUUCCGCAAAGCCUCCAGGAGAAGCCUUGGCCAAACCCAGACCUUCCAGGAACAACCCCCUGCCUCCAGCCCCUCUGACCAGCCAGAGCAGCCCCCGUCCAGCAUCGCUGACAAACCCGCCACCCUGAGGAGAACCAGGCUUGUCCUCCAGGAGAGUAUCUGCUUGUCCCCCCUGGUGGAGGAGCAAGGAACGCUGCUGGACUCCCUAGAGGCCCCUACGGUAGAAGCACGACUGGGACUGGGGAAAGAGACCCAGGUUGUGACCUCCAGUGCUGCCCUAGCCAAGAAGAGGAGCCCUGGGCAGGCCAGAGAGUCGUUUGAAAUGGAAGAGAUUCAGAGUUUUGAUGAUGGCAGUAUCGCUGGGAGCUAUUCAGGAACUGGGGACAACUCAGCCCAGACUGUGAUGAGGACCAACAGCUGCCAGUCUGACAGCAGUGGCUUCCUGGAAGAGCCCUUCAUCCCCAGCCUACACAGCCUGCAGCUCUCGCCUGGGCCUGGUCCUGGGCCUGAACAUGGGCCCUGGCCCAGGUAUGGGCCUUGGCCUGCGUCUGAAGCUGGGUUAGGAUCUGGGCCUGGGCCUGGGCUUCAGUCUGGUUCUGUGCAUGGUAUUGGCACUGUGCACUUGAAGGCUCUGUCUGGGGGCAGCACUGACAGUCAGGUGACUGUCAAAGAGGCUUCCCUGGACCGCUCCUGUCCCGCCUCCCCUUCCCCCCCUCCCUCCCCCACCGCAGUCUCCUCCCCUACCUCCUUAUCCAAUCUCCCCUCUCCUUCCUCCCCUACCUUCUUAUCCCAUCUCCCCUCUCCUUUCUCCCCUACCUCCUUAUCCAAUCACCCCUCUCCUGUUCAGCCUCACCUCUGGAGAGACCAGCAUCACCUGUAG